GCCAUGGUGGGCCCCCUGGUGCUGCUGCUGCUGCUGCUCGGCUGGGCCGGGAUCUCCGGAGCUCAGAACGACACGGAGCCCAUCGUGCUGGAGGGCAAGUGCCUGGUGGUGUGCGACUCCAACCCGGCCACGGACUGGAAGGCGUCGUCCUCCCCGCUCGGCAUCUCCGUGCGCGCCUCCAACUCCAAGGUGGCGUUCUCCGCAGUCCGGAGCAACAACCACGAGCCGUCGGAGAUGAGCAACAAAACCAGAAUCAUCUACUUCGACCAGAUUCUGGUGAAUAUAGGAAACUACUUCACAUUUGAGUCUGUGUUUUUGUCGCCGAGAAAAGGAAUCUACAGCUUUAACUUCCACGUCAUCAAAGUGUACCAGAGUCAAACCAUACAGGUGAACCUGAUGCUGAACGGGAAACCGGUGAUCUCGGCCUUCGCAGGCGACAAAGAUGUGACUCGUGAGGCCGCCACCAACGGAGUUCUGCUUUAUCUAGAAAAGGAGGACAAGGUCUAUCUAAAGCUGGAGAAGGGGAAUCUAGUUGGCGGUUGGCAGUACUCAACCUUUUCUGGCUUUCUCGUGUUCCCCCUGUAA